AUUCGCGAUCCGAACUGCCUACUGCUAUCUGCUGCUGCUGGGUGACACAGUCCGUGUCCGAACAAUUCUCCGAUCGUACAGCUGCAAUGUGGACAGCUGCAUGGUGGGUGGGUGGGUGGCUAUGGCCAUGGCCAUGGCCAUGAUCAUGACGCUCGCUCCUUCACUACUGUACUGUACCUACUUUAGGUAUACCAGGUAUCAGCGAUGGUGGUCGAAUGACAGCGACGGCCCUAUUUUCGGGCUCCAGGAAACCGGACGGGACGGCAACGAACUCCUCCUAUGUACGGUACGAGGGCAAUAGCCGACCGAGAGUUAUUCUUCAGCCGUCUCACUAU